CAAAAUUUAAUUUAAUCUCCCUUUUAAUCUGCAAAAAAAGUAUAAAGAAAAAUUUAGAACGAAAAUUUGUGAUUGUUAACAUUUUGCAUCAGCGAGAAAACAAAAACGGAAAGUCCUUUAUCUGUUUCAUCUAAAUCGGUCAAAGUUUUUGCAUACGAUAGCGCAUUAGCAAAAAAAUUUGCUUGGAAGCCCGCUGAUUCAGUGUAGCAAGAUGUGGUCAUUCUUUUCAAGAGACUCCACUAAGGAUUUUCCUUACGAAAUAGGAGAGCCUGUGCAGCAGUUUGACUCACGUAGCAUCUGGUCGCUGCAUCGUGGAAAACGGAAAGGAGCUAGUAAUGACGAAGUGUCUGUGUUUGUGUAUGAUAUCAAAAACGGAACGGAUGUUAAGUUGGAGCUGGCCAAGGCAGCAGUGAAAAGAUUAAAAACACUGCGCCAUCCCAGUAUUCUGCAGUUUCUUGACAGUCUCGAAACUGACAAAGUGCUAUACGUGGCUACCGAACAAGUGGAACCACUGGGAACGUACUUUGACAAAUUAGCUGGAGAGGGCCCUCAGAAAGAAUUAUCCUUAGCUUGGGGCAUCUUUCAAAUAACGCGAGCAUUAUCGUUUCUCAACAAUGACGGAAAUCUACGUCACAAUAAUGUGUCUGCCUGGUCGGUGUUCGUGAAUGGCAGCGGAGAAUGGAAACUUGGCGGAUUGGAGUACGUUUCUUCCACAGAUCUCUCAGCGGCACCACCCAUCAAAAUACCACCGGCGCUGGAAAUUUACGACCCGCCAGAGAAAAACGACACAAACAAGCUGAAAACUGCAACCAAAUGUUCCACCGAUAUGUGGGGCCUCGGUUGUCUGGUAUGGGAAUCGUUCAACGGUCCUUUGAAAACGCGCGCCAAUCUAAAAGAGCUGACUUCCAUUCCAAAAUCGUUAACACCACUGUAUUGUGAGCUAGUUGGCGCUUCCCCGGCAAACCGACCCAAUCCUGCAGAUGUGAUAACAAAAUGCCGCAAGCCUGGCGGAUUUUUCAAAAAUGAUUUAGUCGAUACAUUGCUCUUCCUAGAAGAGAUCCAGAUAAAGGACAAGACGGAAAAGAACCGAUUCUUCAGCGGAUUAACGCCUCAAUUGGAUAUUUUUCCCGACAAUGUGUGCAAGAAUAAAAUUCUGCCACAACUCAUUACGGCCUAUGAAUAUGGUGAUGCAGGUUCGGCGGUACUUGCACCUAUGUUCAAGCUUGGAAGGCUGCUUGACGAAACGGAAUAUCAAAAACGAAUAGUGCCAUGCGUUGUUAAACUUUUUGCUUCGACUGAUCGGGUUACGCGGUCUCGAUUACUUCAACAGCUAGAACUGUUUAUCAAUCACCUUCAGACGGGGGUAGUUAACGAUCAAAUAUUUCCCCAAAUUGCUCACGGGUUUCUGGACACUAACCCAACGAUACGGGAACAAACCGUGAAGUCAAUCAUACACUUAGCACCCAAACUGAACUAUAACAAUUUAAACGUUGAAGUCCUGCGGCAUUUUGCACGAUUGCAAUCUCGUGACGAUCAGGGAGGAAUCCGUACUAAUACAACAGUUUGUUUGGGAAAAAUUGCACCACAUCUUCAUCCUCAAGUUCGACAACGCGUUCUAGUGUCUGCAUUUAUACGAGCCAUGCGGGAUCCGUUUCCUCCAGCAAGAGUUGCCGGGAUCCUAGCAUUGGCUGCCACUCAGCAGUAUUUCCUACUAGCUGAGGUCGCAAAUCGUAUACUGCCAGCCCUCUGUCCGUUGACAGCUGACCCCGAGAAAACAGUACGAGAUCCUGCAUUUAAAACGAUACGUGGCUUCCUGGGCAAAUUAGAGAAAGUCAGCGAAGAUCCAAGUUUGCGAGAAAGCAUGGAGGCCGAUGUUCACACGGCAACGCCGUCGCUGGGUAAUGCGGCAGCCACAUGGGCUGGAUGGGCCGUAACCGCGGUAACAGCCAAAUUUUAUCGUAGUCAAAGCGAUACAGCACGCCCCCGACCCCCAUUAACCGGUAAAAAUUUGAGUAAACCUGCUUCGCUGGAGCAACCUUCGAGUAGUAGUAUCUCAACGACAACUAGUAGUGUUACGUCCAUGACUUCGUUGGAGCAUGAGAGCGCAGACACUUCGGCAUCAGCCAGUGACUACGGGCCAGACAAUUGGGAACAAGAAAAUUGGGGUGAAAUGGACACUUCGCAAGACCCUAGCAGCCCGAUGGCCGGCACAUCGAAUCCUCUGACCGCAAGUCUUAAUAUGGUCGGUUCCAUGCAUGAGACCAGGGACGGAUGGGAUAACGAAGAUUGGGGUAGCCUAGAAGAAGAACCGAAUGAAGAUCUAGAUGAAAACGACGAAGACGAAUUGAAUCGAACGCAACAGAAGCAAUCGCAGCAACACAAUCAAUCGUCACCGGCGACCGCAUCGUCAACGAAUUCGAGCAACACAGCUUCCACGUCUACUUCAGUUCCCACAGCUAAUAUCAACAAUGCCAAUAACAAUCUACCCAACCACCACAACACCAGCAGUCCAAGCAAAAUGCUUGCACUUAAAAAUAUGACUAAUAUUAUCAACAACACGACCAACAAUUCCAAUCUGAAUUGGAAUAAUGCGAGUGGAGACGGCUGGACUGAUGGGGACUUCGAACCGAUCGACGAACCCAGCACAGGAAAUCCUAAGCUGGACGAAGCUCGACGAAAGCGCGAGGAGAAGAAAAUGCAACGCCAACGUGAACUUGAGGCGCGACGUGCAGCCAGGACCGCUGCUGGUGCCGGCAAUUCAAGCGGUGGACCGAUGAAGCUGGGUGCUAAAAAGAUUCAGCUUGACUGAGUAAACGAAGCUGGUGGUGACGAAGAACAGGUACAUGAAGAAUAAGCGCGUGAGAUACAAGUUUCUUGCUCCAGAAAUGGUAAUAGCAUUUGUUACGAAUAUAAACUGUUGUGAAAAAUUUUGUCUGGCAAUUAAGAGCUGGUCGUUCCGAUCAUUCUGCGAUGAUUGUGCGAAUCCAUUAAUUGACUAACUCGAAAUCAAUCCGCCUUUUGGAAGCAACUUGAAAUUCUUUUUUACAAUGGACGUUCCGCACGCACACAGAAUGGGCAGGUACGUCGUACGGAAGUAUAACAGGGUUUGUACAGAGUGUCGCUAAAGUUGUAUUCACUCCCAUCGGAGGGCAUUGUCAUCACCUUAUAAUUAGCUUUAAAUAGAGAAUUAAACAAAUUUAGAAAGUUAUUCAUAAUCAACGGUAAAGUAAAAUGCCAAUAUCAGCCGUGGGUGCAAUAUGGAAGACAUUUGUAUGUAACACAUGUUCGUUAAUUAAUAGUACGUUGCGGUCAACUGAAUAUCACGUUGUCUGUUUCAAGUAUUACAAGUGGUAGAUAAUCAAAAUCAAUUUAAUUUUUUGAAUGUAGUACCUGAUAAGAUCAAAACACAUUAAUUUACAUUUCAGUUUAUUGAGGAAUUUAGCGUUUAAAAAAGGCUGGUCGUUUCAUGUUCGAAUCUCUUCCGGAAAAAAGACUGUUAGCGUCAGUAUAAUCGUAGCCAUUAAGUCCACGAGUGUGCUGUACAAUAGCUGUGGGUGUGAUUUGUUGAAUAAAAAGAGUUCAAAUCCCGAAAGUGGAACGCAGUAAAAAUGGCGUAAAGUUUUCAUACAAUCUAGUAAUAUAUCAGAGAUCGUCUAUGCAGCGUGUAUGCAAAGUAUUAAUGUUUUUUUUAUUAAAGAAAGCAUUUAUAACCGUGACAAGAUAUAUUUUUAAAUGACGUGACAGUUUUCCAAUCAAAUUGAACGUAUUAAUUAGCGAACAAGUGAUGCAUUCAAUGUCCCGAGAAAGAAAAUGAAUAAACAUUAUUGGUAAAAAGAGAAUCUACAAAAAAAUUUAAACUCUGUCGACAGAGUCACAUCAGUCUGUGCGAUUUUGAAUUUAAACGAUUAUGGUCGUAAAGUUUAGAAUGCAAGAAAGACGAUAGAAAAAUCCUCUAGAUAGGUCAAAAUCUUAAUUACCAAUAGCUAGUGAGAAAAACUUAUUAAAAUCAGCUGCACCUUAAUAGAUUUUAAAUCACCUUUACACACCCGUACUAGUCUGUCAAAGAGAAAAAUGAAGAAAGAUUUAGGAAACUAGUGCGAACAUUGGAGAACAGAGCUCUGGCGUUAGUUUAUCACAAACUUGAACUUAUCUGUAGAAAGCGUUUUCUACUUCUACAAUCCAUUUCUGCUUCCAGAAUUUAUUGCUGUUCAUGUCGAAGUUCAGAGAGCUUAUACUUAUGCUGGUGCAAUUCGUAAUUACAUGCAAGUUUUCGCCAAUUCAAUCGCUCAACAAUUAUGUGGGUUGUCCGACUUUCUCAAGAAAACUAAACACCAGAAAAUAAAAUAUUGAAGGAUAUUCCCCAGACAGAAUCAUUCUCCAGAAAACCAAUGCCCAGAAAAUACUAAAUUUCAGAGAACCAAUUCCCAGAAAGUAUCAAAUUCCAGAAAACCGAUUCCCAGAAAGCCGAAAAUGCCAAUUUUAACACCCCCCUCCCCCUCCGUGGACAAGCGUGGACAUCGACUCAACCCCCACCCCCCUCCAUUGUUUGUCCACGUGGACAUUUUUUUUCUUAUGUGAAAUUCUAUGCUCAAUUCUGUUUUCAUUUGCGUUAUUCUGUAAUUUAAAAAAAUUAAGAAAAAAGCGUGCUAAACUAGGCAUGUUAACUAGAUCUAGUUCUUCUAUCCAUGCUAAUCUUGUCCACUGCAAAAAAAUGAUGGACUACAGGAAAGCCUGUUUCAGCUUGACCUUUGCUUGAAGAUUCAUCUGCUUCAACCCCUGUCCAACCAGAGUACCCUGGCUUGGUCACUGACUUUAGUACAUCACAAGACCUCUCCGUUGUGGUUCAAGAAAUUUUAAGAAGUUAUUUUUCAAAUAAGCUGUCAAUGCAUUUUCUUUUUCGUGGCGAGGUGUAUUUGAUUGUAAGGCAAAGUACAAUACACGUCGUGACCUAAUUUCAAUUAAUUCAAAAGGCACAAAUUGAAAUUCUAUUUAUUGCAAAAAAUGUCGCUUGUCCACGUGGACAUUUUCUAUACCCCCUCCCCCCCUUCCGUGGACAAGCGUGGACAUUCACAUACCCCCUACCCCCCUCUAAGCUGUCCACGUGGUAUAUGGAUGGCCCCAAAGUACUACUUGCCAGAAAGCUAUUGGCAAGAAAGAACCAAUAUCUAUAAAAAUAUUUAACGAGCAACCCAAAGUUAAAAAUAAGUGGAGCGUUUAUUUAUUUAAAAGAAUUAACUUAGGAAAUCAGGAAACAAAACCAAAUUAUUCAGAAAAGUAUUAUGCAAUAGCCCAACAUGCGGUAUGAUCCGAGAAAGUUUUUUUCUUUUAUAUUGGAAACCAUCAUUACUAAGAAGGUUAAAGUCGUUCACCUUGCUCCCGAUUGCUCGGAUCGCAUAUAUUAAAUAAAAAUUGAAAUAUUCUCUAAUUAAGAACUAAAUGUAUACAUAUUUUGCGUUAAUUAAGACAAAAAUUCAUCGGAAGUUGGAAAGUUUUAACUGAAAUGCGUGGUGCGCAGAAUUAGGCGCGCUUACGGUAACUGUUAUUUCGCGGAUUUCGUCUCCAGUAAUAUAUAAUUGUUUCUGAAAAAUAGCAUUCUGGCAAUAAGUUCCUUCUGGAGAAUAGUAUUCUGGAAAUUAGUACUUUCUGGGUAUUAAUUUUCUGGGGAUUAAUGCUUUCUGGUCAAUGGUUUCCUGGUUAUUGGUGCUUUCUGGGGGUUGGUUUUCUAGGAAAAAAGCUUCGGUGUUUUAUUUUCUGGGAAAUAGUUUUCGGGGAAUUGUUAUACAAUCAUUAUGUGACAUCAAAUUAUUAAUUGUGCACUCGAAGGUCUGAAAAUGUUUUUUGACGUGUUGUUGUAUUACUUUUUUUACCAGAAAAUUAUCUUUAAAAUCAAAAGUUUUGUGUAUAAAAGUGAAAAACGGGACCUAAGCUAAGCUGCUUUUACUUUUAACAUUGAUGGUUCGGUAACCAAAUAAAAAAUUGAUCAUAAAUAUUUUGCUGAGAAUCAAGAGCUGCGAAAAACAAUGGCAGCUGUAGGAUGGCGCCCGGCAUCGGAUCGAUCGGCAUCGGAAUUUGCUGUCAGUGGGAUCGUUUUACCAGAGCAGCAAUUUUCUCUUUAAAGAAAUGUGGCGUUAUAGAUUUGGGUUCCCUAAGUUCUAGAGAAGUGUGCUCUCGCAAAGUAACUAUUAUAAUUCCUAAAAAAAUUUCAACAAUUCUUGAACAGAAUUGCUUGCGAAAGGAAGAAAGAAGGUUUGAAUCAAAUACAAAAUAGUCCAUAUUUUUUACGUUAAUGGGACACACAUUCUGUCGGGAAGCUGAUUACUUUCCAUCAAUAGGAUUGUGCCUUUGAUAUACUAGGAAUUUGUGAAUUUGCGAUUGCGUCUUGAUUUAAACUUCGGAUGUCUUUCCGCAAGAUGUCAUCCAGAUUGUAAAUUCAGGUCAGCGUCGCGAAAGAGUGAAAGAUUUUCUUGGGCUAGAUAGUCAAAAUUUAGCUUUAAAAGCCACCAUAAUAACAUGAUGGCGAAUCCGUUUUUCAAUAUUGGUUGGUACUACCCCAAUAAGGUAACAAAAUAAUUAAUUAUAUACAAAGUUUGACAGAUCGACUCGUGCAUUUUGUCGUUUGAAAUUAUCAUUUUCGUGUUAACCGGGAUAGGUUUUUCAUGAACGACCUUGAUUGCAGUAAACACGUUAUCCGAGUGAAGCAAUUAGUGCGCGCAGCUUUAUUCAGUUUUUUGCGUUUUUUAUAUCAUUUUUUUUAAUUAUUCCGGGGUGUUAGAUUACAUUACUGAAGCUCAGCAUAAAACUAAGUUUGAUCCGUAUCUAGAAAUCAACAUCGACGGUUUUGUCUUUCACUGCUUACUCUGGAUUCCUCCAAGGCGGCUAUCUCGGACCUUUGGUCUUCAUCAUCUACUUCAAUCAUGUCCCCCCUCUGUGGAAUGAUGCUUUUACUUACCGUCAGCAUCUCAAAGUGCUUCGCCAUCUCCUUUCAUCGUAAAAAUAAGCCCAUAGCUUUUAGCUACAACAUGGUAGGACAUUUGUUACAACGCAUCUAUCACAUUCGUGAUCUUGGUGUUGUCCUGGAUAGCGCACUAACCUUCCGUAUACACUACAACGGCAUUAUCUCCAGAGCCAAUAAGCAACUUGGAUUUAUUUUUAAAAUCGCCAAGGAGUUCCGUGACCCGUACUGUUUUCGACCUUUGUACUAUGCACUUGUAAGGUCUGUUUUGGAAUUCGGAUCAGUGAUCUGGUGUCCAUAUCAAGAAAUUUGGAUCACUAGAAUCGAAGCAGUGCAGAAAAAAUUUCUACGGUAUGCUUUGCGCAGUCUUUCAUGGCGCGAUCCCAGAAACCUUCCGCCAUAUGAGGAACGCUGCCGUCUGCUUAACUUGGAGACUCUUGAAAGAAGACGUGCCAACGCUCAAGCCACGUUGCUGGCUAGAUUGCUAUUAGAAGAUAUUGACAGCCCCGCUCUUCUGAGUCAACUGAGUCUGUAUGCUCCUGAACGACCCCUCAGAAUUAGGUAUUUCCUGCACCUGCAGGGACGGAAUGCAAACUACGGACUGUACGACCCUAUCCGAUUUAUGGCAAUGCGGUUCAACGAACUCUACGGUUGGUUCGAUUUCAACAUGACGCCUAAUAAUUUUCAACGAGGACUCUCUCGUAGACGAUAAAUUUGUAAUUCUUCUAUUGUAUGUAUUUACUGUCAUAUGUGUUUAUAUCAUGAAGACCACCUUGUGUCCGAUGAUUUUUUUUACAAAUAAACAAAUCGUAUAGCUAAGUGGGUCCAGAGCUGUAGCUUGCAACUGUAGCAAACUAACUGAAAUAGCCGUAGUCGAUGUUUCAUCUGAAAUAAUCAAAAUACUUCAAAAUUUACUAAAUUAUUUUAAAAAGCCAUAUCACGGUCCAUCAAGGAACACCGGAAUAACUCCGAGACCAAUUAUCAUAUUGCCACGAUCUGUAAUAUGUAAUUAUGCGAUUAGAAAUAAAUCACCGAAAAGGAAUCAUCAUUUCAAUACGUUUUGCGGAGCAAAGGUUGAUGUAUAACUUAGAGGGGCUAGCGAUGAAGACUUCAGUAAAGUGGACAGUGGGCGGAGAAAACUGAUUUAGGAGGAAACCUGGAGAAUGGUCGCCGCGUAGAGUUAGUGAAUAUGAACCAAGACGAUCGAACAAUCUUGCAAGCGGAACAAGAGCUCCUUGACUAACUUCCUGGUCAAAAAAAAAAAAAGAAAAUGCUACCACCAAUGGUGAUCUCCAAUUGUUGUACGAUUUUUCUCGUCAUCUCAUGAAUGUCAAGUUGUCUAGGAUCUAGGAUGAACGCCAAGUUGUCGCUAAAAGAGAGAACUGGCCAGUUACUGACUAACUGUACAGUUAAUUGGAUGCAUGAAAAGAAUAAAGCUACUACGGCAUCUUACUUACUAAUUAUAGAGCCUUAGAUCGCCCUAAGUAGUGCCUGCUGCUCAUGGUUCAUACGCAUCCGCCACUCUCCACUUUCCGUUUAUACUCCGCCAAAAAUAGUCCGCAACACCUUUCGUUCAAAUACGGCUAGUGCACGUAUGUCUUCCGUAAGCAAAGUUACUGUCUAAAGUCCGUAGAUGACUACCGGUCUGAUUGGCGUUUUGUACAUCGUCAGCUUUGUGUGGCGGCGUGUGCUCCUAGAUCGAAGCGUCUUGCGAAGGAAAAAGUAGGCUCGAUUUCCAGCUUGAAUACGUCGUUGGAUCUCCUUACUCGUAUUAUUGUCGGCGAUGACCAGAGAUCCCAAAUAUACGAACUCAUCAACCACUUCCAGUUCAUCACCAUCAAUAGUCACUAUCCGUAGGAGGCAAACAUUGCUUUCUCUGGAGCCUCUUCCUACCAUAUAUUUCGUUUUCAACGCAUUGAUCCGAACUCCUAGUCUCCGUUUUUAGUCUGGCGUAGAUUGCCUCCGCCGUCUCAAGGUUUUUAGUAACGAUGUCGAGGUCGUCAGCGAAGGCUAGGAGCUGGCCACUCUUGUAGAAGAUCGUUCCUCUCGUUUCGAUGCCCGCUCGCCGGAUCACAUCUUCAAUAGCGAUAUUUAAUAACAUACAGGACAAUCCAUCCCCUUGAUCUCCAGGUGGCUUUGUGGAUACUCUUGCGGGGAAAGAAAGUGCUUCUGAUCGGCAGGCCUUGGGAAGCAUCAAAGUUGAUGCAUCGCUGACCGUUAUCGUUCGUGUCGGUAUGCAGGCUAUGGGGCCCGAUCACCGGUCUAUACAUUGCUUCUCUGCCGACCUGGGCGUUCAUAUCCCUGAUGACGAUCUUGUUGUCUGGUGACCGCCACGGAUCCUCCACACCUUAUCGCCUAUGCGAUAGAUUUUCUGCAGUGCCACGAUGCCGAACUCCCGAGGUUAGCCAGAUUGUUGUAUCAACGCUGAUAUAUAUACAGGGAUUAAGAAGGCCAGGUGCACCUUGCCACAUUUGGCGCACAAAUCAGAUCACUCUACCUACCAACACUUAAAUUGUCAAUUCAAACAUGAAAUCCGGCGACGGCUGUAAGUCCCGAUGCGUAGCGACAGUAGCGACGGAGACGACACAAGAACUGCAGUUCUCCGUUAAACAAUGCCGGCCAUAUAUCAUUCGGGCUUGGUAGGGUACCACUUAGAUCUCCAGUUCAGAAUUCCACCGUUGAUGUCAUCUACGCACGAUAGAAAUAGAGAUUCUGGAACAUAUGCGGAGCCGAAUCAGACAUACCUGGAGAAGAGGAGCGAACAAUGAACUCAGGAUCUUCGACGAAACCGAAUGACCUCCGUUCAGAGAAUCGCUGUCGGGCAUGAAGUUAUUCUCCGCUUCCCUCGCCGUUUUUCAAUCCUCGGCAUUUAAUUUUUUCUCUGUUCAAUAGUAUUUUUGUCUGCAUAUUGUCGGCAUCGUAGGGCUGGCGAUGCAUGAAAAUAAAAAAAACAAGGAGGCUUGUGUUCUACCUUUAUUAACUUUUUUAACCUCAUUUAUUUUAGCCGGUAAACUAUAUUGUGUUACCAAAAACGAAUGCUUUUCCAGUGCCAAAAUCGAAAUCUCAUUCCCUAAGUAUUUGCUCUGUUGCAUAAACGAGCUGUACUAAAAAAAAUUAGAGAAAAAUUUGAAACUUCAAUAUAAAAUAUUAGUGGCAAUAACAAAAGCCGUCGUUGAUAGAUUGGGCUUUACCAGAAUCCAAUUAACUCUUUAUGCAUAAUCUUGUCCAGAAUGAUAGUUAUCAGAAACUUGCCGUUCUGUCUGCUUCCUUAUUUUCGGUCUGCAACCACGACCGCCUAGGAACCAUAUCGUUUGACGAACUAUCGCCGAGCUGCAACGGCCAAAGCACGAUAUCGAAAGCAACGCGUUAUACUUGUUUUGUUUGCUCUCUUGCAUAUCAUUCCAUUUACACGUAUGAAGAUUGUUUCACAGUAUCUGGCUCAUAUACAUCUGUCGUAUGUGUUUGGGAAGUUGAGAAAUUAUGGAGAAAUCACGGAGAAUUUACACUUUCUCACUCUUAUAAUCAAUUUUUAACGAUUAACGAUUGAAAUACUUUUCUUCCUUGCGAUUCGCAAAUUGCGAAUAAAUUGGUAACUUCUGAUCGGUUGAUGUUAAAAUCUAGUUCUAAGCGUUUAAAACCUAAUUACUUUUACAUUUUCAGAUUUUCAUUUUACACCAUUACCUUCCUUUGAGUCGUUUUUAUUACCGAAAUUUGAUUUCGAUGUUUUCAUGAAUCGAUGUUUUAAAAAAUUAUUUGCUUACCUACAUAUUUAAGGAAAGCUUAAAAACCUAUCGUCUUCGAUAGACCAAACCUCGUGUUUUUUUUGGUUUUGACCUUGAAAUGCGGUCAAACAUAUAUUAAUAUUUUUUGAAACGGUGGUUCUACAAUUGAUGAAGGGACGGUAAGGGAAAGGUAUGAAAAGUUUUUAAAAA